UAACUGAUUGGCAAUGCAACUAUAUGGCUGAGGUUGGGAGCACUCUCAUUCAACCUACCGCUGCCACAACCAAUAUCCACACAAAAUUAGUUUUGUGAGCACUACAACACCAAACCAUGGAGGUGGCUCUGGUGAGUGCAGUAACAGGGGCCUUGAAACCCGUCUUAGAGAAGAUGACUGCUCUUUUGGGCGAUGAGUACAAGCGUUUCAAGGGUGUGCGUAAGGAGAUCAAGUCCCUCACACAUGAACUCACUGCCAUGGAUGCUUUUCUCCUGAAUAUGUCGGGGGAGGAGGAUCCUGGGGUGCAGGAUAAGGUGUGGAUGAAUGAAGUGCGGGAGCUCUCCUAUGACAUGGAGGAUUCCAUCGACGACUUCAUACAACACGUCGGCGACAAUGAUAUAAAGCCAGAUGGCUUUAUAGAGAAGAUCAAGAGCUCACUAGGGAAGAUGAAGGCUCGUCGUCGGAUCGGAAGCGACAUCCAAGGUUUGAAGAAACAAAUUAUUGAGGUGGGCGAGAGGAAUGAAAGGUACAAGACUCCACAUGCCUUCUCCGGGCCCAUCAAUGCAAUUGUUGACACGAGAGCUCUUGUUAUCUUUGAACAUGCAUCAAAACUCACUGGAAUUGAUGAACCGAAGGCUGAGAUAAUCAAACUAUUGACCGAACAUGACCGAUGUUCAUCAACACAACAAGUGAAGAUAGUCUCCAUUGUUGGACCUGGAGGUAUGGGAAAGACAACUCUUGCAAACCAAGUGUAUCAAGAUCUUAAAGUGAAAUUCGAGUGUCGGGCCUUCCUAUCAGUGUCACAAAAUCCAGACAUGAUGAAUAUUAUGAGAACUAUUCGUAGUCAAGUUAGUGAUCAACGUUUUGCUGACACCGAAGAAGGAAGCUUGCAACAACUGAUUAUCAACAUCACAGAUUUUCUGCAAGACAAAAGGUACUUCGUUGUUGUUGAUGAUAUAUGGGAUGCAGAUGCUUGGAAAGUUAUCCGGCGUGCAUUCCCUGAGAGCAGUUCUAGCAGUAGAAUAAUCAUCACUACUCGUAUAAAUGAUGUCGCUGAAUCAUGCCGUUCGUCAUUUGAUGGACAUGUUUAUCAUAUAAGGCCUCUUGAUAUGGUGCACUCAAGGAAAUUAUUUCAUAGAAGACUAUUCGACUCCCAAGAAGAUUGCCCCUCGUAUCUUACAGAAGUUUCUAACCAGAUCUUGAAAAAAUGUGCUGGGUUACCAUUGGCAAUCAUUGCCAUAUCUAGUUUGUUGGCUAACACUGAAAGAUUGGAAGAUCUAUGGAAUCAGGUUAAAGAAUCAGUUGGUCGAGCACUUGAAAGAAAUCCUAGCAUCGAUGGAAUGAUGAAGAUAUUAUCACUUAGUUACUUUGAUCUGCCACCUCAUCUAAAAACUUGUCUCUUAUAUCUGAGUAUAUUUCCUGAGGAUUCAGUUAUUAAGAAGAAAGUACUGAUAAGGAGGUGGAUUGUUGAAAGAUUCAUUCAUGCAGAAGGCAGAUACACAUCAUAUGAAUAUGGCGAAUGGUGUUUUAAUGAGCUCCUCAAUAGGAAUUUGAUCCUACCAGGGGAGACAGACAAAUAUGGUAGGGUGAAGAGUUGUCGAGUUCAUGAUACAAUUCUUGAUUUCAUCAUAUCCAAAUCCAUCGAAGAGAACUUUGUUACUUUGGUUGGUGUUCCAAAUUUAAAUCUUGGGACACUAAACAAAGUUCGUCGACUUUCACUACAUGCUAGUGAGAAGGAAAAUUUGAUAAGGCCGACAUGUCCAAUGUUGUCUCAUGUUCGAUCACUUGAUCUAUUUGAGAAACCAGAGAAAAUCCCUUCUUUGGAUGAGUUCAAGCAUUUGCGUGUUUUGGACUAUGGAGGUUGCUUCUAUUUGGAAAACCAUCAUCUUAGAAAUAUAGGGAGAUUGUUUCAAUUGAGGUACCUGAACCUCAUAUGGACAAACAUAAGUGAGCUCCCAGAAGAAAUCGGGCAUCUCCGGUGCUUAGAGAUGUUGGACAUAAGAGGCACAGAAGUAUAUUGCUUGCCAUCAUCUAUUGUUAAUCUCAAAAAGCUGUCCAAACUACUCGUCAAAGAGGAGGCCCGAUUUCCUAAUGGGAUUGAGAAUAUGCAGGCGCUGGAGAUGCUGAAACAUGUCAGCCUCUUCAGGCAGCCAUCCAACUUCGCUCAAGAACUUGGCCAGCUAAAGAAUCUGAUGAAGCUGGUCCUUGACUUUGUGGAUUAUUCUGAUGAAUUCCAUGAAGCUAUUGCCUCUUGUCUUCAUAACCUAGGCAGCCAAAGCCUUCGUUCUCUAACUAUUUUAUGGGGGGACAACUUCUUACAGCAAGGACCUUUGUGCCCUAUGCCGCUUACCCUCCAAAAACUUGUCACCACUUAUACAACUAUCCCUCGGGUUCCGAAUUGGAUGGGAUCCCUCGUCAACCUUCAGCACUUGCGCCUUGAAGUGACGGAGGCCGGACAAGAAGAUCUGUGCAUCCUUGGAGCCUUACCCGCUCUGCUCAUUCUGGACCUAGUCAUAAGAGCAAGAAAAACAUCAAAGUAUACAGAUUGGCUCAGAGUCAGUUGUGAAGUUGGGUUUCAAUGCUUGAAGAAGUUUUAUUAUAGAACACAACCUGAACCGGCAGCUCUGGUGUUUAUGGCAGGAUCAAUGCCUAGGCUGGAGAUACUCGAGAUUAAUUACGGCCCUGAUGGCACCGAGUCUCUUGAUUUUGGAAUCGAGAACCUUCCCCGCCUCACUACCGCGACAUGGAUAAUACACGGCAAGAAGGAUGUUGUUGAGGCUGAAAAGGCUGCUCUCGAGAGAGCAGGAAGUAGACAUCCCAACUAUCCUACUCUUGUCUUCCGAUGUUGAAGGUUGUAGCUCAACGUGGCAGGGCUUUUGCCAGUCAUGGACCAUUAUAUGCGUUGUUUUGGUUUUACUAAUAUUGUGUUCCCUCGCUGCAAGGAUCAUCUGUGUUGAUGUUUCAUUCUUCUUAAAGUCUCAUAUAUGCUUCCCGCUUUAUUUCUACCAGCUGGUAGCUACGUCGUUGUUACUCGUUGGACUACUUUUUAGUAGUUUUUUCACUCCUUAUUACCCACCCCAUGCCGCUUGGUGAAAUGAUAUGGAUUCCUAGCUUUUUUUA